CCCGCCAUGCUCCGCAGACUGGCCCGGGCUGCGGCCCAGCAGCAGGGGGCCCUCUGGGCGCGGGGAUCUGGGAGCCAGGCGGGGAUCCCGACGCACGUGGUGGACCUGCGCAGCGACACGGUUACCAAGCCCGGGCCGGCCAUGAGGCGCGCCAUGGCCGAGGCGGUUGUGGGUGAGGACUACGACUACGGCGAGGACCCCACCGUCCGCGAGCUGCAGGCCACGGCUGCGGAGCUGCUCCGGGUGGAGCGGACCCUGUUCGUGUCCACAAACACCAUGGCCAACCUCAUCUCAGUGAUGUGUCUCUGCCAGCGCCGGGGCUCCCUGCUCCUCCUUGGGCAGGCGUGCCACCUCCACAUCCAGGAGCAGGGCAGGGUGACUCAGAUCGCUGGGGUGCACUCCCACCCCCUCCCAGACCUGCCCCAUGGCACCCUGGACCUGGCUGAGCUGGAGGGGCUGGUCGCACGGAGCCUUGGGAGCCGCUCCCACCCGGUCUGUGAGCUCAUUUGCCUGGAGGACGCUCACAGCAGCUCAGGGGGCUGGGUGCUUCCCAUCGAGUGCCUAUGCCAGGUGCACCUGCUGGUCCGGAGCUAUGGGGUCCAGCUUCACCUGGAUGGGGCCCGGCUGAUGAACGCCGCGGUGGCUCUGUGCGUGCCCCCCGCCCGCAUCGUGGAGCCCUGUGGUUCUGUGUCUCUCUGUUUCUCCAAGGGCCUCGGCGCACUAGUGGGGGACCUGGUUGGGGGACCCAAGGACUUCACUGAAGAAGCCUGGUGCCUCCGGAAAGCCCUGGGAGGGGGGAUGCGCCAGGAGUGGGUGCUGGCUGCAGCUGCCCUGGUGGGACUGACUGACGCUGAGGAAGUGCUGCUGAAGGACCACCAGAACGCCCAGAGGUUUGCCAGAGAUUCCCUCUUUUCCUCCCACUACGGUUGGGCUGUCCUCUGCCUUUCUUGGGGUGACACGGCUGGAGUGGUAGGGAUAGUGGUGGGGUACUGGGGUCAGGCUCUACUUACCACAGGACCUGGGCUCAGGGCUCCAGGAAGCGGCAUCCCUGUCUGCUCCGUGGAUCUCACCACCGUGGAGACGAACGUGGUGAAGGUGAGGGUGGGUGGGCGGCCGCCCGAGGAGCUGUGCCAGCGCCUGCAGACCGUGCGCGCUGACGAGGUGGCCCAGGCUGGCCACGCGGUGCGCGUGCCGCUGUUCCCCUGGACUGAGCGGUCAGUGCGAGCCGUGUGGCACGACGACGUCUCUGCACAGGACACCGAGCUGGCGCUGGGAAAGUGGGCGUUCGUGCUGAGGGCCCUGAGGAUGGGGUGACGGACCCUGUGCCCUGGCUGGGAUGGAGGGAGGUGGGGAGUGGAGGUGUCCCCAGGGAGCGGGUGGGAGGAGAGGCAGUAAAACAACACCCCUGUCAUCCGCUGGUCUCCUUGGACCCCUUCACUUCCGUGACACAUGGGGUGAGGCCUUCCACCUGUUCAUCCAGCAAACCUCGUGUGCCCCUGUGUCCGGGACGGGCCCAAGCAUGCAGGGAUAGGUGGGACCCCAUGCUGGCUCUCCCAGCACAGCCCAGGAGGCAGCCACAUGGCCCAUGAGAGCUUCUUGGGGAAGGUGCAGGAGGAAGAAGCGUGAGAGGACACAGAAAUGGACACUGGUAUUGGGUGGCCUAGUAGGGGGCUGUGGCUUUACCUUGCAGUCAUCUAAUCCGUAUUUACCU